GGAAUUAUUGUUUUCACCAAAUGUCAAUCAUCAUUGACUAAACUUAUGAUUAAUUCUGUUAGAAUAAAUAAAACAUUCCUCAGGCGUUUUUUCAUUAAUUUUUCAUUCAAUGGAUGUGCAAGAGAUGGAUUUACUCGGAAUCAUUGGAUUCGACGGGAGAACGAAAAAUGCAUUGCAUAUUCAUCCGGAUGGGGAAUAUCUUAUUUAUUCGAUGGGGAGCAAAAUUACUGUCAGAAAUAUUGACAGUGGUCAACAGGACUUUCUCGCUGGACACACGAAUGUCGUGACGACCUUGACUGUUUCAUCCUGUGGCUCGUUCAUCGCUUCAGGACAACUUACGCAUCUGGGGUUUAAAGCUCCGGUUAUUAUAUGGGAAUUCGAUGGAAGGAAGAAGAAGGCGAGUUACGAAAUUCAUAAAGCUAAAGUUGAAGACAUUUGUUUUACCUGUGAGAGCACUUAUCUCGUUAGUUUAGGGGGCAAGGACGAUGGAAAUAUCAUCGUCUGGGAUGUCGCCAAUAAUACAGCAGUAUGCGGUGCGUCUGCGAGUACUGAAAUAUCUGGAAGCGCGAUCACCCUUGCCGCCCUGAAUCACCGAAACCAAUGCUUCAUAUCCGGUGGAGAGGAAAAUUUAAAAGUCUGGAGAAUCAACCCAGAGACACGGAAAGUGUACGGAGUUCCCAUUAAAGUGGGAAAACUGCGAAGAUCUGUCAAUUGCAUCACAAUCGACGAACAAGAUGAGGAAGCCUUCUGCGGCACUUCUACUGGAGAUAUCAUUAGAGCGCGACUCAAUUAUGACAAUGAUUUAUCGAGAAUGGAACCGGUGCAGCCUCCAGUGAUGAUCGGAUGCUACUCAAAAAUAUCGAAGAACCCGAAGAAAGUGAAAAUGGGAAAUGGAGAUUUAUAUUCCGGUGGAAUAACAAAUUUGUUGGUUCUCCCUGGUAAAAAAAUAAUCGUUGCCACUGGUGAUGGGACAGUGGAGCUCGCAGGUAUUCUGGACCAUCCGAUGAGUUCAUCGUGCAAAGCAGCUGUUAAACUCCCCACAACUCCACAAUUACAACCAAUGAUGAAAGCUCAUGUCGGAGGCUCAGUGACAUCGAUCGUGAGACACGGUAAAAACUCAUUUGUAGUGGGCACAUCCUUCUGCGAAAUCUAUCAAAUUUGUUUAACCGAUUUCGCACCCAGAAUCACCCUGACGUGUCACAUCGACGCAGUCUAUGACAUCGCAUUCCCUCACAAUUACUCCGAGAUAUUUGCAACAGGAAGUAAAAAUGACAUUCGAUUAUGGCAUUUGGAUACGCGCAGGGAAUUACUGAGAAUUACAGUACCCAAUUUUGUAUGCACGUGUCUCUGUUUCUCUCAUGAUGGAAAAUUGAUUAUGUCUGCAUGGAACGAUGGAAUUGUCCGAGCGUUUAAACCACAGAGUGGCAAAUUAUUUUUCGCUAUUGAAAAUGCUCAUGCAAAGGCUGUGUCUGCACUCUGUCUGACUGAAGAUGGAAAGACACUGGUGACAGGGGGCUGUGACGGACAGGUCAGGUUCUGGACAAUAAUGAAGAGUGUACAACAGCUCAAAGCUCUGCUGAAAGAACACCGAGGACCCAUUACAGCUCUUCAUGCUUCCCAGAGUAAUGAGGAAGUCGUUAGUUCCAGUUCUGAUGGCACUUGCAUCAUUUGGGAUGUCGUUGACUGCUGUAGAAAACAGAUUAUGAUGGGGAACACAAUGCACAUGUCAGCGAGAUUCCACCCAAAUGGUCUCCAAAUAUUGACCUGCGGUAGCGACCGUAAGGUGAGUUACUGGGAGAUCCUGGAUGGCUCACUGAUUCGUGAAGCAGAGGGUUCAAAAGUGGGAGCCCUAAACUGUCUGGACAUAAGCCCUGACGGUCGUUACUUCGUCACCGGUGGAAAUGACUGUUUGUUGAAAUUCUGGGAUUAUCAUACAGCAGAGGUGACUUACGUGGGAACAGGUCACGCUGCCAUCAUCACAGCCUGCAAAUUCGAUCCAAAAGGCACUCAUAUUAUCAGUGCAAGUGCAGAUGGUGCAGUGAUCAUCUGGAGAAGUCCAAUAGCUCUUUCCCUGGACUCUGCAAAAAGUUCGAAGCACUCGAAAGCCUCGAGGAGCUCCAGGAACUCCAAAGAGGUCAAGGAAGAGAACAUUGACAAGAUCAGUCAACGAUCUGGAAGUGAGAGUGUCAGGACUGUUCACGAGAGUAAACAUUCAGAGGUCUGCGAAUAUGAUCCUAUAAGACCGGCCCAGGACAGUUGCAGAUGUCGCGGUGAGAAAACUCCAGUCAAUCAGGAGAACUCUCCGGUUAUGAGAAAUGAGUCUCUGAGAGAGGCCAAUGCCUCUAGACGUUUGGAGAAGAAUGAGUUGUGCCUAGCUGUCACUGGCGCCCAGUAAUGAAGACUGAAGUGAUGGAAACUAUUUUUUUUAAUGAAAAAGCUGAAUCAUAUCUCAACCCCACGCUUGGCUUUUGCAGUAGUGAAUUAUCAGUUUUCCAUCUGUUCCGUAGCACUCGUAGAGAUUUUUUACAGUUUGGUCGGGGGCUGGAGCGAACGUCUGGUUUAUAUAGAGAAAC